AUGGCGCCUGAGGUUCUUUUCUCCGUCAUUUACGGCCGCAAGAAUCCUGGAAAGGUGUUCGAGGAUCUGCACACCGUCAACCCCGCGAUUCUGGAAGGCCAUAUCCGGCGGCGCGUCUCUGCUGCGGACUAUCCCGGAGUCGUGGCUCAAGAAGGGGAAUCCGUUCGGGGAAUGUAUGUGACAGGUCUCACAGAUGCCAACAUCGAGAAGCUCGAUAUAUUCGAGGGAGCCGAAUACAUCCGGCAGAAAGUAACGGUGCGGGUGAUCGAGACGGGUGAAGAGAAGGAGACAGAAACGUACAUCUACCUUCAUCCGGAUCAUCUCGAGCAGGGAGAAUGGGAUUUCGAGCACUUCAAGAAGGAGAAAUUGGCUUUCUGGUCGAGGGCGUAA